AUGUCAGGGUCCCAAGUUACAGAAACAGUAGUCCCCACGGGUAGCACGGCCACCGUGACCGAGAGCUUCGCCAGUACCACUACAAUUUCCGUCUCUGUCUGUUCCAGUUUGAUCACCAAUCCGACGUAUACUCCUGCGUCUGCGUUGCCAAAUGAUUACACCUGGGGAUGUCCACCUGGAUACCUCUGCAAGCCUCCUCACACUGGGGAUCGUGCAGAAUGUGAUGUCGAAUCUGGUCUCCCCGACGUGGGAUACGUCUGUUCACCUGAGAACUGCAUAUUGGCUCCACCGCUAGCAGUCAGCAACCAGAGCCACUACAAUGUUUCCAAGAACUACUACAAUCUCAACCCUACGGACUUUGGUUUGAACUACUCAAUUUUCCAGUUCUCGGACGAUACAACGACGUCGACUCGCAAGCGUGACAUGUCUCUACAAGACUUUAUCGCCAGCCGCAAGGCCAAACGAGUGGAUAUCACCGAUGCCAUCCCUCCUACCUGUUGGGAUGAUUGCAAUGAUGCCGCGUUGGAGCCACAGAUGAUUGGAAAGACACCAGCGCUAUGCAAGAGUGACUCUGCAUUCAUGGAAAAUCUCGAUAACUGUGAAGCCUGCGUCACCAACAAUGCCGACUCUGACACUGGAUCCGACGACUACUCAUCUCAGUUGCUGCCUACUUUUACACAGUGGCUGAACUACUGCUCGGAUAUGACUACCUCUACGAGCACCACAGCUAGCACCACAGCUAGCACCACAACCAGCAGAGCCACAACCAGCACUGAGGCUUCAGUCACUACAACCAGCACCUCAAAGGAUACUGGAGCCACUACUACCAGCACGGAAGCAACGACACGAGCUACUAUCACGAGUACUCAGGCGACAAGCACUGCAAGUGCGACCGGUACCUCAGAAACACCAGAAGCAGCAAGUUCUGCACCCGCAACUUUGGAGUCCACUGAUGAGACAAGGUCCAGUGGUUCAAGUGGAGACUCCUCUCACUCAACUCAAACAGCGCAGUCCAAUGGCUCGUUUACGACUCUAGUGCCUGGCGCAAUUGUGACGACUUCGGUCUCUGGGUCUCUCGUAACAACCUCCCUGCCCGGUUCAAUCAAGACUAGCGUCUUCCCGACUUCGGCGUCCGACUCAGCCGUCACAACCUCAGUGUCAGGAUCAAUCCUGACAACGUCGAUUCCAGGGUCACUCUUGACGACCGCAGUGUCAGGUACCCUUGUGACAACCUCUGUUCCUGGCUCAUUUGUGACCACCUCCAUACCUGGCUCCGUAGCCACACCUUCCGGUGCUUCUGGCCAGGGUGCGGGUGGCGAUGGAAACUCUGCGCAGACAUCAGGCGAUGGUGCGAGUGGUUCAUCGGGCUCACCCGGUGGAAGCCGUACUGGGUCGGCGGUGCCGUCUUCUUCGUCUCCUGCUUUCAAUGCGGCGACAUCUAGCAAUGUUCCCCACAUAGGUGCAUUAUCUUUGCUGUGGGCUGCCAUUGCAGCAUUUCUUUAG